UAUCAUGUGAUAGACUUGCGCAUGCGUACCUACGAAUAAACUAAAUGUAGCUCGCCAUGGGGCUGCUACACAGGUUGCCCUUGUCGAGCGAAAACACUAAAUAUUAGGAUAUUAUAAGACUUUUAAACAAGCAAUAAUAAUGUCUCAUAACCGGUGCUAUAUUUAUGUAUUGUAAGUUGUGACAAUUGAUUUGUAAUAAACUUUCAAUUCUGUGAUAUUCGUGCAAUCUCGACAGGGUAUUGAAGAAUUCGCCUUCAACAAACAUUUCAUUCCGUACAAGCUAAGGAGUUCCACAUCAUUAAUACUGACCAAAAACAAACUCACUGCCUGAUCUGCUUUUAAUCCAAAACUGUUGUUGUUAUGUUGGUUGUGCUGCCAUGUAUUUAUUUGUUAAAUGUUGAUGUUCUUUUAUUGGUUAAUCCAGAACAAAAAGUGCUGUUUUAAGUGAAGUUUGAAUUGUUUUAAGAUUUAUUUGUGCCAAAGGACAAAAUGCAGCAAGCUGCAAAACCAGUCAAUAUGAAUAAUCAAGUGAACAGUGGAGGAUGGGGGAAUAGUGGCCCCAUGCCUGGAGCUGGUGUUGAUGAAGAUGAUGGGGGAUGGGGUGUAGGACCACCUGGUGUGGGAAGUGGAUGGAUGGGUGCUCUAGCUGCUGCCAAUGCUGAAUUGGCAGCCCAAUGGCAAGGACCAGCAGGAGAUUGGAAACCAAGUGUUAUUGUAGAUCGGAAUGACAAAGAGUCUUGGCCUUCCAUUGGAGGUGACAAUUCAGAAACAACUUCAGACAAUGGUGAAGAUAGUGCCUCUGCCAAAUCAGGAUCUGUGAUAUCUUCGUCCAGUCAGGACCACAACACUGCCCUUUGGGGCAACUCUCUCAAUGGACUUGAAUCAAACACUUGGGAUACAAAUCCAAACAGCUCCACUUGGGGCUCCUCAUAUCCUCAAAGUCUUUCAAAUAAUAUGCAAGGAAUAACUAGUAUAGCUGGUUCUAGUGAUCCUUCUAGAAGUUGGGGAAAUGUCCCUGGAACCCUCCCCCAGGGACUUGGACAAAAUCUGGGAGGGAUUAGGCCACAAAAUUCAGUGCAAAUACAGCAGUCAGCAGCAGAAAGUAUGCAAUCGUCUCAUUCCGUCUCUAAUCAGGCUUCUUAUGGUGCAAAUACUUCCGCGUUCAAGCCUGUAGGUGAUUCAUGGGGUGCAGUCGGAACUAUACCCAGUGAUAUAGCAGGCAAGGGCAAUGGCAAUAGUGCUCAACAAAAAUCAGAAAUGAUGCCUGAAGUUGGAUGGCCAGUUAAUCCUCCACCCACUCCAAUUUCAGCAAGUAGUGUUUCAAGUUGGGGUGAUAGCACUGUUCCAACAUCCAUGGCAUCUACAAAACAACAGUGGCCACCAGAUUCAACUCAAGGUCUUCAACAACCUCAACCUACGUCAUGGGCUCAGGCUGCCGGUAAAGGCCUUUCUACUAGUCCCUCCAAUCCAGUGUCAAAUCAAAAUGCACAAUCUCAAAGCAUAUCAGAGUCAGAUGUUCCUAGUGAAUUUCGUGUAGCCAUCGAUAGUCAUGAUGGUUGGGGUAUGAAACCAGUUCGUCAAGAUACAGCAUGGGAAAUGGAAACCACACCAAAAGCAAAAAGAAAGUUCCCAGCAACAGUACCAGUAGUAAAUCCAGAAAAACCUGCUGCAGCAGCUAACCCAAACAAUAAUAACAGCAAUAUGUGGAACAAUAAUAAUGGAACUGGUAUCUGGGAAUCUACAAAAGAACCCCAGCAAACCAGUUCAUGGACAAGUGCCCCAGCAGGAAAUAAUUCUGCUCAGUGGGAAGAUCCUCAGGCAAAGGAUCCAAACACAUGGACAAAUCCUAAUGAUACAGCCUCAAGUCAGUGGGGUGGGAAAACAGAAACUGGUUCUUGGCCCAGUGAACGUUCUGGUCAGUAUGGAGAAGCUGGCAAACAGGAACAUAAUGAUGGUACUGCUCUUUGGGGAAAUCCAGGAGGUAAACCAGCAAACUGGAACCAACCAGGUCCACCUAGCAAUCCCCCAAACUGGAACCAAGCACCACCACCGCCACCACCACCUACACAGCCACCUGGAUGGGGACAACCACCUCCUCCACCUGCAAAAGUGGAUGAUGGAACAUGUCUUUGGGCUGCUGGUUCUCCAAAACAGGCUCAAGCAGCUGGUUGGGGAGAAACAAAUAAUCAGUGGAAUUCAGCAGCUGGCCAAAAACCAAAGACGCCUUCAUGGUCUGAGGACCCCAGUGUUAAGGUAAGGCUGGGAAACCCUGUUGUUGGUGUGGGUACAGUCUCCUCCUCCCACUUGGGUCAAGAUGGGGACAGGUAUUGGAAUCGCCCACCUGAACAGGGUCCCAACCCAAAAGGUACCUUCAACUGGGGUGAGGCAGACAUGGUUUGGAAUACGUCUGAUUAUAAUAAGGAUGACAUGUUCUGGAAUGAGGACAAGAGUACUAACUGGGAAGAUACAGACAUGGGAACGUGGAUGGAUGAUACCCAAGAAAAUAAUUCUACUUGGAGCAGUGCCUCUGGUUGGAUUAGGGGAAAGAAAACUUUGAUCAAGGGUGGUGCUAGCCGAUUUCCAGGUGGGAAUCAGCCUCAGAUGAGGAGUCGUAUGAUUCAGCAGCUAAUGGAGCUUGGUUUUCAGAAAGAUGAGGCCGGGCAAGCAUUAAUAAGCAACAAUAUGAAUUAUCAAAGUGCUCUCGCUGAACUUUACAAGCAAAAAGGUGCUACUUAUAGAGAUGAUGUAUUACUGGAAAGUGCCAAGUCCAAAGUGAUAAGUGAUAAUGACAUAUCAGAUACUCAGCAGGAAAACAAUCCAUUUGUGCCUAAUCCAAAUACUCCUUUUCCUCCUCCACCAAAUGCUCAAGCGUUCAAGGGACCUAGUCAGCCAGUCUCUAGUCAAACUAGUAUUAUGCCUCCGCAACAAAACAAAAAGCCUGCCGCUGGUCGAGCUCAGGCUGUCGCACAACAAAUGGCCCAACAACAGAUUCUCCAGCAGUUACACCUUGCCGUUAAGGCAGGAUUAAUCAGUCCACAACUUCUCAACCAGCAAUUGCCUCCGUAUAUGUUGGUUCUACUCCAGCAGUUACUACAGCAUCAGCAGUGUCUACAACAGCUUAUCACUACCCAACAAGUCCUUCAAAAGAACAGUGUCUCUAUGAACCCAAUGGUUCAACGUCAACAACUUGAACAGGUCAAUAUGAAAAUUAAUACGAUCAAACAACAAAUUCUUAUAACCCAACGUCAAAUCCAUGAUGCUCAACGUCUUCUUAUUAAACCUCAACCAACAACAACUUCACAAUCAUCAACGGAGGAUGCCAUCUCCACUAUCGAGUCCAGUCUCUCAAAUCUCAACAUGCCCAACAGUCAACCUCAACAAUCUAAACUUAGUCAGUGGAAGAAACCCACAGAAAAAGAGUCCAGUCCAGAUUCUGGUGCUAAUGCAGAAUAUAGUGCUUUAAAUAAGGCCCCAGGCUCGUCUAAAACUAGCCAGGCCUCAUCACAGUCAAGUCUUCAGUAUGGUGGUCUUGGUCUGACCCAACUUGGAGGAGAUUCCACCUGGUCCAAUGUGCCAGCAACUACAUCUGGGUCCCAGAGUUGGCCUACAAUCAGUGUCUCAUCAACAGGCCCCACAUCUACAAUUGACGAGAAUGGGAAAGAUAUUAAAGAAUCUCACUUACCAUCUACAUCAUCUUCUCUCACUAUUAAUGAUGCAAUACCAGAAUUUGUACCUGGUAAACCUUGGCCAGGAAUUACUCAAAAGAGUGUCGAGGAUGAUCCACAUAUCACGCCAGGAAGCUUCUCUCGUUCUCUCAGUUUAAGUGUCAAUACCAUCAGAGAUGAUUCUUUAGGAUCAUUAAUCACUAAAACCAGUCCAAGUGAGUCCCUCCCGCCUAUGAAUCCUAAGAAUAUGUCCCAGAAGUCGUGGAGUGGAGGCGAUUCCAUGGCUCCAACAUCUUUCUCCAACGAAGUAUGGGGAGUGCCAUUACCAAAGAACAGUGCCAUGCAGCAGCGUCCACCACCAGGUCUGAAGCCUAACAACUGGUCUGGUGUUAAUCGUCAACAUUCCUGGGCAGGAACCAGAACUGACCCAUCUUCUUUCAAUUCAGGGAACAUGUCUAACUGGGAUGCAAGGAUGUCAAACAAUAUUACUCCUUGUUUAAUCCUGAAAAAUCUCACUCCUCAGAUAGAUGGAUCAACAUUAAGGACCCUCUGCAUGCAACAUGGUCCUCUAGUGUGGUUUUAUCUUAGUUUGAACAAUGGCCAAGCCUUAGUCAGAUACCACUCAAAGGAAGAAGCAUUCAAAGCACAGAAAUCGCUCAACACAUGUGUAUUAGGAAACACAACCAUAGUAGCUGAUUUUGUGUCCGACAAUGAAGCGGCUAGAUUUGCCAUGACAGCCCAGUCAUCUAGUCAGUGGCAGUCGCAACCGCAGCAGCCUAAUAAUUCUGCGUACCGCCAAAACAGCAUGGGUGUUUGCAAUGAUUCCUGGAAUCAACCAGCUCAGGCUAACCAUAUGGCCAAUAAUUACAAUUCGGGGGGAAUGUGGGGUAAUGGUGGAAGUGGUCUUUGGGGAGGUGACGACCACAAUGCCAACUCUCUGCUCGGCAAUAUGUUGGGGGAGUCGAUGUGACUGCCUCGUGAUCUCUAUAUAAAAGCGGGUUAAUUGUGGGGCGGAUACAGUAUUCCAUUUGUUAACCAAUGUGUUCUGAGUUGUUAGGUCAGAGAUACGGACCAGCCCCCAACGAUGCAAAUACUUUGGUGCUCAAUGCUUCCAAGAAGCACAGCACAUUUUAUUUUUUCAUUACUUCCAAUGAAGUAUUUUAGUCUUUCAUAAUUCCUUGUUCUUGUCAGGUGGGCUUGGUCAUGAUAACCUCCACCUAACAACUCUAAUUUAUUGAAGGGUGUAUUUAAGUGUGCACACAACCUCAUUGUUUUAUUUAUGUCAAGACUUCUCAAAAUGCCAUGUGUAUUAUAAAAUGUAAAAAAAAAAAAAAAAAAAACUAUAAAAAAAAAUAGAUAUAAUAAGUAUAUUGAUGUUUAUUUUUAAGAUGUGUAAACAAACUACUGUGAUAUUGUCCACCAAUCAUCUGUGGGUGACUGUGAUUCCACUUGUAGUGCUAGACGCCCACCCCCUAACGACACUGUGCCUACCUCAGUUUACGAGGAGAAGUCUCGCUAACUGCUGUCAGGUCGUUUCCAUAUCUUAAGCAUAAUUGUUGAGGCAUUAUAUCAAAACAUAGGAUCUGGAACUCUGCCAGAAAUAUGUCGCAGCAUUUUAGAUUUUUUGUACAUUGUGAUAAGGAUCUUAUAAUGGCAAGAUGUUGUGUUAUAGCAUAUUGUGAUUGUACCUGCUUGUGGUACAGUGAUAGAAGAUUAACCAUGUGAACACUUUGUAAUUCCAUUUAUAUUUUCCAGCUUUUAAUUGACCAAUUAUCAUGUUAAAGAUUGCCAAAGUCUAUGUAAGGUACUGAGGAUCGGCAGCUUUUAUCUAUAAAGUGAUCCAUUUUUGACAUGACAUACAUAUUGUGCUCGUAGCAUGCUUUUGAAUUGUAUUAAAAUAAAUGAUCAUCCAAAAUUUUGAGUAUUUGUAGUUGUUUGUAAGCUAGACGUUUUGUGGUAAGUUAUGACUUUCUGACAAGUUUAUAAGCAUUCCAUGACUAGUGUGUUCAUCAAGCAAAUAUCACACCUGCAUCAAGAAGUUUCUAUAGUAUUUUUACUUUUGGUAGAUCUCCAUUUCUUAAUGACUUGUAAUUUUAAAUUUUGUGUUCAUUUUAUUUUCACAAGUGCUACUAUAAUAAUGAUGAUAUGGUUGAUUUGUAUGCCCUGUAAGAAGUUACUAAUGUAAACCUCAAACAGUAUUGUACAAACAUGUUUAUAAACUUUGAUGCUUGUAGAAUUAGACUGAUAUUAUUCAUAUAAUUUAUGGCAGGUAGUUUUCAGUUUUCUAUGAUAUACUGAUUUGAUGGAUAUUUAUUUGAAAUGAAUAUUUAUUUUCUGAAGUGCUCAAGAUGAAUGUAAUUAAUAAAUGCACUAGAGUAAUAAGAUUUAUAUAUUUAUUUUCUUGUACAUGUUUUUAAUUUUCAUUAAUACAACUAAGUCACAGGGAUUAUGGAAUCCUAAAAAUUACUUGCCAUAUUUACAUUUAGCAGUUCGUGGUUUUCUUAUGUUGUAAGAACAGGUUGAUAUUGAGCUUUUUUUUAUAGCUGGAAACAUCUGAAAAAUCAGGGAAAAAAGCAAAUAAAUCAGUUGUAGAAUGGAGAUAUUCAUUCUUGUUGUUGUAAGAACAUUUUGUAUUAUGUGCUAAUCUUGAGAUUCUAGUGAAGCUACUAUAGAUGAUCAUUCUGAUGUCAGGUGUGAAAAAAGUAUGUUCAAACCAAAUACUGAAAUCCUAUGUGUUUUAUCUGUGCAGUUUUAAUGUAAAUACUACUUAAUAUUUUAUUGACCAAAUACUGGAGAGAUUAAAGAGUCAGAAAGGAUAACUUAUUUGCAUGAUGAGUUUAGCUUGAUUAGUCCAAGAUUUUAUGUAUGAUGAUUGUGACAUUCUCCAAAUUUUAUUUCUAAUAUUCAGUUGUUGUGUAUCAAAUAAAGGUUAAUGGAUAAAAA